GCGAGUCCGUGAAAAGAGAAGUCUGGGCGUCUAUGUGAGGAGGACAUGAAAAAUGCUUUUCUCUCAUCGGAGACUCGCGGCCCCGUGAUCUCAUGAAUAUGUUAGCAAGCCAUUGUGCAAUAGUCAGUGAGUGAGCUAUGCUACCAAGCCACCAAGCUUUGCUAGGAUACGGACUCUCAGUCUGACUUUCCAACAUUCAAGAGGUCCAAACCUCCACCGGAGGUCCAAAACAAUGGUAGCUCCCUUGCUCUGCGUGGACUCUUGGGGCACGUGUAGGCACUAAACCAAGGGUAGCCGUUUGCAAUUGAGGACAUGGAUGUUACGAUCAGAUCAUUUGACUGCUUUAUGGAGAAAAAUCCAAAACGGCGAGUAUCCAGAUUGUGUUGAUUUCACACCUCUUCAACGAUCUUGGGAUAGCCAGCUCCGUAGCUCGAAACAUUAGCAUAAAGAGAACACGGAUUCUGACAAUUCACUCAACCAAGUCAGGCAGUUUGAGUCAAAAGACUGCCUGUCAGGUUAAGGAGUGUAGGGGCCCUCUAAUGACCCCCAGAUUCCUCCGAUGAACCCCCUCAACUCCAUGAAACCUGCCCUGCCUCCCACUCCACACAGCGACGGUUCCUUCCUGUAUGACCCUGUCUCCUGGCAACAAGGCACCAAUCAACCCCCAGGAUCCCUCUCCGUGGUAACCACAGUGUGGGGAGUGACCAAUCCCUCACACAGCCAGGUGUUUGUCGGGUCCAUGGGUCCCGGUGGGAACUCCGGAGGUCACAUGAUGCCCGGCGGCGGCCCUGGUAUGAGUCCCGGCAUGAGCUCCCAGUUCAUGGGACAGCAGAGCUAUGGAGAUGCCGUCUCCAAGGGCUACGGACAACCCGGCCUGUAUGGACGACCCAACGCUGCCUACAACCCAGCAGCAGGCUACGGCGGGAGUUAUUCCACAAACAGUGGCGGCGGGGGCAUGGGGGUUCGCCCCCCCUCAGACUUCACCCAAGCUGCGGCCGCUGCCGUGGCCGCUGCCGCUGCCACGGCAACCGCCACUGCCACGGCAACAGUCGCUGCAAUUCAAGAGAAGCAAAAUCAGGAACUGAACUACGGGCAGAUGGGUGGAGCUUCCUCCUACAGUAACCAGUUCCUGUCCCACCCAGGCCCCCGUGGGCCCUCGGGGAUGGCCGCCAGCGGCAUGGUGGCCUCCCGGCCCGGGCCCCCUACCUCCAUGGGGGGCAUCUACCCCACCCACCCCAGCCAGGCUCCGAGGAUGCCCCAGCACGGGGGCUACCCGGGAGGACCGCAGGGCCUCAAACGACCCUACAACUCCGAGGGCUUCCCAGUGCAGCAGUACAGUUCCGGGGGGAUGUCGCCAUACCCGAACCAGCCGCUGCAGUACCCUCAGGGGCCCCCCCAGCGCUCGGCCCCCUCCCCCUCCUACACCAGCCACCGCAUGCCACUCAUGAGCCAGUAUGCCACAGGACAGCCCGGCCCGGCCCAGUACCCUCCAGGACAUGGCCCGGCCAAUCCAGCCCAGUACUUCAAGACGGAGCCCUUCAACGGCCAGGGUAGUCUGCCCCCUGGUGGCAUGGGCGGGUACAACGCCUUCACGCAGGCCGCCGUCAACGGGCCCGGAAGUCGUGGGCUGAUGUCGGGGUACCCCAGCUCUCCUCUGGGAGGGAACCCCACCCCUCCCAUGACACCGGGCAGCUCCAUGCCCCCUUACUUGUCACCUGGACAGGACACCAAGCCAUCAUACCUUCCACCAGACACCAAGCCCAACAUCAACACUCAGCAGCCCCCUACAGGUAACCCUAGCGACGACCUGCGUCUGACCUUCCCGGUGCGCGACGGCGUCGUGUUGGAGCCGUUCCGACUGGAGCACAACCUGGCCGUCAGUAACCACGCCUUCCAGCUCCGAGACUCCGUCUACAAGACACUCAUGAUGAGACCGGACCUGGAGUUACAGUUCAAGUGUUACCACCACGAGGACAGACAGAUGAACACUAACUGGCCUGCCUCUGUACAGGUGAGCGUGAACGCCACGCCCCUCUCCAUCGAGAGAGGCGACAACAAGACAUCCCACAAGCCCCUGUACCUCAAGCAGGUGUGUCAGCCCGGACGGAACACCAUCCAGAUCACCGUCACGGCCUGCUGCUGUUCCCAUCUCUUUGUGCUGCAGCUUGUCCAUCGGCCGUCCGUCAGGUCCGUUCUACAGGGUCUGAUGAAGAAGAGGCUGCUCCCUGCCGAACACUGCAUCACAAAGAUCAAGAGGAACUUCAGCAGCGGGACCAUCCCAGGCACCCCGGGGCUGAACGGAGAGGACGGAGUUGAGCAGACGGCCAUCAAAGUGUCCCUGAAGUGUCCCAUCACGUUCAGGCGCAUCCAGCUGCCCGCCAGGGGACAUGACUGCAGACACAUACAGUGUUUCGACCUGGAAUCUUAUCUGCAGUUGAACUGUGAGAGAGGGACCUGGAGAUGCCCUGUUUGCAACAAGACGGCUUUGUUAGAGGGACUAGAAGUGGACCAAUACAUGCUUGGGAUUCUCAUCUACAUUCAGAAUUCUGACUAUGAGGAGAUCACCAUAGAUCCGGUGUGUGGCUGGAGGCCGGUGCCGGUCAAACCGGACCUGCACAUCAAGGAGGAAUCCGACGGGCCCGUGCUGAAGCGCUGCCGCACCGUCAGCCCCAGUCACAUGGUCCUGCCCAACGUCAUGGAGAUGAUCGCAGCCCUGGGCCCCGCCUCCUCGCCAUACCAGAACCUAACACCUGGGGGCAGAAACACACCGGACUACAACAGUCAAGGCGGACCUGGAUACUCCAACCAGCCAGGCUUCUCUGACUUCCCCAACACUCCUGGAACCCCCACGCUGGGAGAAUUCUCCUCCGGACUCCAACCCCCCAUCUCCUACCAGCCUGACCAGAUGCCUCACCCCGGCCGAAUAGAGCCCUCUCACAACGCUCUCCAGAGUCUCGGGGGGGCUGGCAGUCCCAUGCACCAGCGGAACUCCUCUACCCAGAAUCCUCGGCUGCAGGCAGAGGGCUCCUUCGGCCUCGGGGGACCAGGAGGGCCCGGAGGGGAGGGGCCCGACCACACGCUCGACGGGAGGAACGUCCACAGAUUCUGCUAUGACAACCCUUCUCCCUGAGCUGACUAACCCGGACGAACUGUUAUCCUAUCUGGGCCCGCCGGACCUCCCUAACAACAGCAAUGACGACCUGCUCUCUCUGUUCGAGAACAACUAAGACCUAUGGACACACCUCUCCUAUCCCCCCCCCCCUUUUCUCCAAAAUGGUCUGCUCCGCGAGAUACACUGAGACAGCCGGGACUCUCCAAAGAAGAUACAGUUGGCCCAAUACACUAUGAACCAAGAGAGGGAGGUUGGACCCCCCUCUUUCAGUCUGUGUCGUUGUAUUAUGUGUCCCUUUUUAAAAGCAUCUCAUGGAGAAUCCGCACUGAAGAGGCGCACUGUUCGAAUGGGAACAGUGCUCCUCCGAAGAUAUAAAGUGGUGUUACUGUGUUUCUAAGGCAAAAGGAUUUUCCUUUUUUUUUAUGAUUUCGCGAAAAGAAAAAGACGGACAAAAAAAAGUUUUAUGUUAACUACUACGUAUUUAUAAUGCCGCGGAGAACGCCUAAAAAGGUUUUUCGUCUUUUAAGCUUAUUUAUAAAUGAGAAGUUGACCUUUGUCACAUGUGAAGUAACACAAAGCCAGCAAACAUGUAUAAAGGAUCAUGGUCUGCCGGUCCUUACCAGAGACAGCUGUGAAAGGUGAUCAGUCCAGAUUGUAAACGGAGAACCCAACAUGGUCGGUGAACAGUGCACUGAGAGGAUGAAAGACGGUCACACGGCAAACAGAAAAAGGGCCCAGUGAGUGGCUCCGGGCUGGUGGUCUGUAGACGUACACAUGUAGACGUACACAUGCAGACGUACGCAUGUAUACGUACACAUGUAGACGUACACACAAGAGCAAUUCUGAAUCCCAGCCACGCUCUCUGUCCUCCUGUAGCCACUGUUUAGCAUCUGUGGUACUGUGCUUCUCUCAUAUUCACCCUCCUCGUUUUAACUUGACGGUCAGAGAUCAGCGGGAACCCUUCACAUACUACUGAGACAGAGACACAUUCUCUGUUUCGCACACAAACAUAAAACACAACACAGGCUCACUGUGAAGUGGAACUAAAUUUGAAAAAGAAAAAAAAGGGGUGGAAAUAGGUGAGCAGACCCCCCCCCCCCCCCAACUAUUUAUUUUUAUUCCAAGGACAUGUUCCAACACUGUGACAUUACUUGUUGAGUAGAGUUCCCAUUCUCCCUCUUAGUGUCUUUGCUGAGAAAAAGUGAGUGAAUUUACCUGUGCUGUCAGCAGUUGUUGGUCUCACUUGCCAUAUGAAUAUGUUUGUAUUACAUUUGUACAUUGUUUGUAUGAUAAACAUUAAAGGGAUAGUUCACCCAAAUUAAACAAUUCAUUUGUGUUGUAUUGUCUUGAAAGCAUUAAAAAGUCAAUAUAACCAUUACCUUCUAUACUCCUGAUCUUUGAAGUAUGCUUUCAAGGUAAUUUAAUGAUGAUGUAAUUUUUUUAAUGUGGUUGAACUAUUUCUUUGAGCACAACAAUUUUAUGUACAGUCUGCAAAUGUUUUCAUUCGAGAACGUGUGUGUAUCAUAUUCAUAAGCAUUGUCAUGUUAUUGUUAUUAGCAGAGUAAGUGGGUACAGAUAUUUAGUUGAGGUGUGUAUGUCUGUUCUAGGCAAUGUUAACUUGCAGAGUUUUGUGGAAAAUGUGUCAUUUUCAUGCAAGCACAAUAGGUUUGUGCAUAUAGGGGCACACAAGACUCAACUCUAGUUGAUGGUAUUUAUAUGCUUCUGAUAGAAUACCCACUGAUUUAAGAUCAAUCUGAAUUUAUUCGGCUUGUAUACCAUUUUCUAUUUGAGCAUACCACAACAGUUGAACGAGAUAUCUGCAAAGCAAGUUUUCCUUUUCUAUUCCAGCAUUGUCACUUGUGAAUGCAAUCAUGGCAUUUGGAAUUGUCUUAGAUAUCCUACCGAACAAAAUAGCUGAAAUCAAUUUUCUUUUUUUAAAGAUGAUGUAAAAUAUUUCCAUUAUGUUUUAUAAAUAAAAGUGUCAGUUCUGACCGCA